CGUGCAUCCUAGGCACCUCAUCCAACAUGGCAAACGUGCUGGGCAACACCUUCGAGAACAAGUAUGCGGCCGAGCUGAUUGCCACGGCCAAGGCCAUCGCCACGCCCGGCAAGGGUAUCCUGGCUGCCGACGAGAGCACCGGCACCAUCGGCAAGCGGCUGUCCAGCAUCGGCAUGCCCAACGAGGAGGUGCACCGCCGGGAGCUGCGCGAGAUGCUGUUCACCAGCCCAGGCAUCGAGAACUACAUCUCCGGCGUGAUCCUGUAUGAGGAGACGCUGUACCAAAACUCCUCGGACGGCACGCCCUUUGUCAAGAUGCUGCAGAGCAAGAACAUCAUCCCGGGGAUCAAGGUGGACAAGGGCGUGGUGCCGCUGGCGGGCACCGACGGCGAGACGGAGACCCAAGGCAUCGACGACCUGGGCAAGCGCUGUGCCAAGUACUACGAGCAGGGUGCCCGCUUCGCCAAGUGGCGCGCCGUGCUGAAGAUUGGCAACGGCUGCCCCAGCGAGCUGUCCAUCCACCAGAACGCCUACACCCUGGCCCGCUACGCCGUCCUGUGCCAGGAGAACGGCCUGGUCCCCAUCGUGGAGCCCGAGAUCCUGUCGGACGGCACCCACGGCAUCGACGUGUGCGCCGCGGUGACGGAGCGCGUGCUGGCGGCCUGCUACAAGGCGCUGGCCGACAUGCAUGUGCUGCUGGAGGGCACCCUGCUCAAGCCCAACAUGGUGCUGUCCGGCGCCGAGGGCCCCAAGGCCGACGUCACCACCGCCGGCUACCUCACCGCCCGCACACUCACGCGUACCGUGCCCGCCGCCGUGCCGGGCAUCAUGUUCCUGUCUGGCGGCCAGUCUGAGGAGGAGGCGACCGCGCACCUGGCUGCCAUGAACAUGAUUGAGGGAGUGAAGAAGCCCUGGACUCUGUCCUUCUCCUUUGGCCGCGCCCUGCAGGCGUCGGCGCUCAAGGCGUGGGGCGGCAAGAAGGAGAACUUCAAGGCGGGGCAGGAGGCCUUCCUCGUGCGCGCCAAGGCCAACAGCGAGGCGACGCUGGGCAAGGGCGACCUGACUGCCACAGGCGAGAGCCUGUAUGUCAAGGAUUACAAGUACUGAGCAGUACACAUUGGGCGGUACAGGUGGUACCUGCGGUACACCCUGGCUGUCGCCGAGCGCAGACCACUUCACGGCGAGGCAGCCAGGCGCUGCCAUGCACCGCGGCCAGGUGGGCUGGCGGGGCAGCGGGUAGCGGAGUGUUGUGUUGUGCUGGGGAGCCCCACCCGCCCACCGGCCUAGCACGCAUGGAACCUUGAACCCUUUAAGUAUACCCCGCUCAAAUGACUGGCCCAUCGGGCCCCACAAUAUGCGCCCCACGCCCGGGCUUGGUUGCAAGCGCCUCUUGGCCCUUGGCUGAUUGAUCGCUUUUUCAGUCUGCGUGCUCCUGCUUUGCAUUGGUGCCCCCUGUAAACUGUUUUGUUG